CAAAAUUCCUUUAUAUCACACUUCACACAGUACUCAAUUCAUUACUGUAGAUAACACGGGAUAAACUGCCCCGCCGAGAUUCUAUAAAAACAAUGCCGAGAGAAAGCGGCGGCGGUCGGAGCAAAAGAGAAACCAAAGCAGGCGUGUUCUUCACGGCCACCUUAGUGAUGUGGACCGUCUCGGUCUUCUUCGAAAUCCUCUUCAACAAGCGGUCGGAGCUCAUCCCCAUCCCGUUAGGGUUCCUCUUCUUCCAAUCGGCAAACGCCGUCGUUCGGAGUCUCGUUUCGCGCGACCCGCUCUUCGUCAACACGUGCAUCUCGCUCCUCCAUUCCUCAAUCACCUCCGCCCUCGUGGUUUUGAUAUUGCUCAAUCAGUCAACAAGAAUCGAUUUCAACAAGAUGUUUGAACACUCACAAUUGGUGGAGGCAUAUUGGGCUUUAGCUUACCAGGCCCUAUGCUUUUCAUCUGGUUACUUCGCAUAUGACCAGUUGGACAUGUUGCUUUACCGGUUGUACAGUGGUUUGAUCCCGUCAAUUCUUGUUCAUCACUUGGUGCUCCUCGUUUGUUUUACCCUGGCAUUGUACCGGAAGGUCACGAUCAACUACCUUAUCCUCACCCUUAUUUGCGAGCUACACUCGAUAUUUCUUCACGUCCGAAAAAUACGACGAAUGGCCGGCAUUCGUGACGCGAGUUCCGAGAGCGUUAAAGUCGAGUGGGUUCUCAACUGGUUCACAUUUGUAUUUGCCAGAUUAUUGCCUCAUAUUUUGAUCACGUUCAAGCUGGUUAGAGAUGCUCCCAAGUUCGAUAAGGGUAUCGAGCUUCCACUUGCUCUAUUUGGAAUGGCGGGAAUGAAUCUGCUCAAUAUAUUUCUGGGGAUUGAUCUUUUUAACGCUUACAGAAGAGAAAGAAAACCGAAGGUAGGUCAUCAUGACCAUCACGAAUGAGAGAUGCACAAAGUUUCAUAUAUGGAUUGAAUUUCUUUAAUGAUAGUUUGUUGGUAGAGUAGUAAUGUAUACGUCGUGUUUUGUCGUAAAUUGUGACACUUGUUACACGAGCCGAUCAUCGAAGAUGAGUGAAAGAACAGAAAAUGUGAAGAGGAUAGAGUUUCUGGAUUGACUUAUUUAGAGCUUUGCUUGAAUACCAAAUAUUUUGUUUCAUAUUCAAUACAA